CUUGUUCAACAACUAUUUUAAUUCGUAAUUUAAAAGCCUUUACUGUGAAAUGAUAUUGAUUACCUGUAGAUAUUUUAUUCGUAACAUUAGACAGAUUAUUAAAAUAAUUAUUAUUCUUUGGCUAAUUAAAUUGCUCUAUCGAAUUUUAAAUAGUGACAAAGUUUUAGAUAGUGUUGGAUUAAUUGAGAGCUGGGGAUAUCCAGCAGAGCAGCACAACAUUACAACAGAUGAUGGAUAUAUUUUAAAGACUUUUAGAAUACCAUGGAGUCCAAAAAAAAAUCAACAAAAACCAGUUGUUCUUAUGCUAAAUGGAAUUGCGUUACUAUCAGAUGUUUGGCUAUUAAGUCCCAACCGAAGUUUAGCUAAGCAACUUGCUGAUGAAGGCUAUGAUGUUUGGCUGGGUAAUUAUCGUGGUACAACGCAUGGACGUGAUCAUGUUACAUUGUCACCAAAUGACAAAAAAUUUUGGAACUUUAGUGUUCAUGAAAUUGGAUACUAUGACGUUCCAUCAACAAUUGAUUAUGUUUUGAAUGCAACAAAUCAAAGUUCAUUGAUAUUUAUUGGAUAUUCAUUGGGAACGACAUCACUAUUCGUUGCAUUAUCAGAACGACCAGAAUAUAAUUCAAAGGUUCAAUUGAUGAUUGGCUUUGGUGCAAUUGCUGGAUUUUUAAAUAAAAAUUAUAUGGACCUGACAAUGUAUAAUUUUAUAGAAUCAGUUGGAAAUAUUAUUGAUCCUACUGGAACUUUUGAGACAUUACCUCAAAAAUCAAUUUAUAAUAUAUUAUUCGAAGAAAUAUGUGUCAACUUGAAUAUUGUUGAUUGCUGUUUAAUUCCAGUUAAUAUUCUGUGUGGUAAAAAUAACAAACAAUUUGAUAAUAAUAUUUUUGCCAAUCUUUUGAAUUAUUUUCCUGGUGGAACAUCUGGAAAACUUGCCCUACACUCUGUACAAUUUGCAAAAACUCGAAAAUUUCAACAGUAUGAUUAUCAAAAUGAAAAAGAAAACAUAAAACAUUAUGGUACACCAAAACCUCCACAAUAUAAUUUGAAAAAUAUUAAAUCACCAAUGAUAAUUUUUUAUUGUCUAAAAAAUGAUCCAUUUUCUUCUUUUGAAGACGUCAUCGAAAUAAGUAAAAGUGUUUCGAGCAAAGUUAUUGUUGAACAAGUAUCUGACGAAAAUUUCAAUCAUCUCAACUUUAUAACUGCUAAAAAUGUGAAAGAAAUAGUCAAUGAUAGAGUGAUCGAGUAUCUUGAUCAAUUUACAAAAGGAAAAAUUAUUUUUUAAAAUAUUUAUAUCUUAGCAAUAAAUAUAUAUACAUUUAUAAUACUCUUAAUAUUUUGUUAUCUAUAAAAACUGACUUAAGUAGUAGUUAUUGUAAUCUAUAUUUAGAAUUUAUAAUAAAAUAUGUUAAUGCCCUCUAAUAAUGUUACUAAUAGUUUAUCAAGCGCUCAUUGCGAUUCAUUGGUUUUUUUUACUCGAUCUUUUCAAAUUUCCUCAAAACUGAAAAGUUACUAAGUUUAUUCGCGGUAAAAUUUGAAUCAUCGAAAGAUAAAUAAUUUUUAUUUAAUUUAAUUUUUAACGAACAAAAAAAAUUGUCAAAGUUUUAGGAUACUUUUAUUUGAAAAAUUUUGAAAUAUUUAUUUGUAUUUAAAUAAAUAAAAUUGUUAGUUUAUAUAACGAAACAAUUAAUAAUUUUUUACAUGUUUUUGUAAGAAUUUAAUAAAUUGAUUAUUGGAUCGUUUAUUAA